CAUGGCGGAAACAAAGUGUUUUACAGUUGUUACUUAACAUUUUUCAGUUUUUGUUUGAUUUUAAUUAAAUCUAAAGAGACAUCUGACAUUUAAAAUCUAUCUGGGAUUGAUAAUAGUUAAGAGUUAUCAGCUGAGUUGAUCUAAUAAGAUGUCAUAAGAAGAAUAAAGACAAAUACAAAUUUUUUAUUCUGUUUCUCAAACACUCAUUCCAAGUAAACGAUAUGAUUAAUUAUCAAUACUGACAUAAAAAAAUCUUAAAGCCAAUAUUAAACGUUACAUUUUAUAAUCCGUUAUAUAAAAAAUACACAAAUUGUACAAAAAAACAUAAAUAUAAAACAAAUAUAUUUUUUCGACAAAAUUAAUCAUGACAGCGCGCAAAUUGUUUAUUAUUUACAAAAACUGAACAAAUUUUUUAUUUUUCUACAUAUACAUUUAAUAAUACUAAGUACAACAAAGACACAGACAACAAUGGAGUUAUUUCGAUGUGAUACACAUUUUAUUUUUGUUCAAGAAAGACAUAAUCUUUGGUGUGAUAAAGUAACUGGAGAAUUUUCAGCAAGACCUGAUUGGGAAUGGGCAACUGCCAAUAACUUAGAAUGCCUUGGAACGUUUCACGGAAUUAUUGGAAAAAUUGAUCAGACACCAUUUAUGGAACCGAGAAUCAUGCUUAUAAAAGAAGCUUCGAAUGUGGGUGAACUUUAUGGCAGUCAUACAGUUUAUAAAAUAAAGUCCGUAGCAUUUCUCCAAUUAGGCAGUGAAAAUUCGGAAAUUAGUUUAUUGCCUUGUAAAAAACAUGGCGGUAUUAAUAAUAAAAUCGGCGGAGGUUCAAAUGAUAUUCUGCAAAAAACUGGUUUUGCCAAAACUUGGGGUACUAUUAAAAGUGCAACAAAUACGAUUAAAAAUACAACUCAACAUGCCGCUGCUCUUGCCACUUCACAAGUCAAGUCUACUGUGAUCAAAAGAAGUACUACUAAAGAUAAGGAUAAGCUUGAGAAGAGGAUUCUUGAAGAGCUAAAUAAAAUAUUUAGUGAAACAGAUUCUUUCUUUUUUUGUCAUACUGGAGAUAUUACAAACAGUUUACAAAGACAAAGAGAAAGAGAGUCUAAAUUGCAAGAUGAUAGAAAUCUAAAUAAACCUUUAUGGCAAAAUGCAGACAAUAGAUUCUUCUGGAAUCGACAUAUGCUAAAGGAAAUCAUUGAUUUAAAUAAUGAAAAAGCUAAUUUCUGGAUUCUACCAAUUAUUCAAGGAUACAUUCAAAUAGAAAAGUGUAAAGUUGAAGUGGGAUAUGAUAAUCAAUCACAAUAUGAAAUAUUUAAUCUUGCAAUCAUUUCUAGACGAAGUCGAUUUCGAGCUGGCACUCGAUACAAACGAAGAGGAGUAGAUGACGAUGGAAAAUGUGCUAAUUACGUUGAAACUGAACAGCUGGUCUGGUAUCAUGAUCAUCAGGUUUCAUUUGUACAAGUUCGAGGGAGUGUUCCUGUUUACUGGUCUCAACCCGGGUAUAAAUAUAAACCCCCACCUCGCAUCGAUAAAGAUGAAGCGGAAACGGCAGAAGCGUUUGAAAAGCAUUUUACAGAAGAAAUGGCUCAUUAUGGUCCGAUUUGUAUUGUAAAUCUCAUCGAACAAUCAGGGAAAGAAAAAAUUGUUUGGGAUGCUUAUACUAAUCACGUAAUGAAGUAUAAUCAUCCGGAUAUUACAUAUACAACAUUUGAUUUUCACGAGUAUUGUCGAGGAAUGCAUUUUGAAAAUGUUUCUGUUCUGGCAAAUGCUUUGGCAAGUGUUUUAACAGAAAUGGGUUAUUGUUGGUGUGAUUCUGAAGGUACAAUUUGUUUGCAAAAGGGUGUGUUUCGUAUCAAUUGUAUAGACUGUUUAGACCGAACGAAUGUGGUACAAACUGCUCUAGGAAAGUUAGUUAUGGAAACACAGUUUUCUAAGCUUGGAUUAAUUUCACCUGAUGGAACAUUACCAUCAAAUAUUCGUCAGAUAUUUCAGUUGCUUUGGGCAAAUAAUGGUGAUAUCAUAAGUAAACAGUAUGCGGGUACUAAUGCUUUAAAGGGGGAUUAUACCAGAACUGGCGAAAGAAAGAUUACUGGACUCAUGAAAGAUGGAGUUAAUUCAGCCAAUAGAUAUAUUCAACAACACUUUUUGGAUGAGACACGUCAAGCGGCAAUAGAUAUCACGCUCGGUUCCGCUAUCGACAUUCAAAAAUUUAAUAAUAAUUGGUUGCACUAUUUAGAUAUCAUUGAUCAUUGCUGUCUCGAGCUUAUACCCGCUAAACCACCAAAUAUACAACUACAACUUGCAAAUCAUCCCGAAUUCCUAUUCGCGACAAUUAUUUGUAAAAUAGUGAGAUAUUACCUCAACCGCUUCAAAGACGUCUAUAGACAAGCAAGCAUUGAUUUGAUGCUAGGUAAAUCGGUCAGUCCGGAAAUAUUUCAAGAAAAAACGGAGGAAGAAGAUAAUGCCGCUACUGCAGUUCAUGUUAAAUUACUAAUUGAAGACUGUAAGAAAUUAUUAAUUCCCAAUCCUGAAGUCAUUUUAGGAAGCUGGGGUCUUAUUGAUGCAGAUCCAGAAACGGGUGAUCCGAAUGAAACUGAGAUGGAUACAAUUUUAAUUCUAACUAGAGAUAGUUAUUAUGUUGCUGAUUAUGAUGAUCAAAUAGAUAAAGUUACUAAUUACCAGAGAGUAUUUUUAUCAGAUGUUAUAAUGAUUGAAUUUGGCCAACCGGAAGGUGGAGUUUUAAUUUUCAAAAAUAAACAACAUUAUUGUAUUCGUAUUAAUUAUCGGAUGGGUAGUGAAUAUGGAUAUUUCCAUAUGUUUCGAAGUACUAAUUUACGAUUUUUUAAUAAUAUGGCAGUUGUUAUUAAAACAGAAGAAGAAGUUAUAGAAUCAAUGAAAGCUAUUUGUGAACAAUUUGCAGUAGCAUUGGAGAUAGCUGGUUUACCGAAAGUUCCUAUCGCUACAAAUGUUGCUUUGGACAAGAGAACAAGUAAACAAGUAAAAGCAAAAGGAUCAACUGGUCUUUUAGAUAUUUCUUUGUUUCCAAAACUGACGAGAAAUGUUUCUGAAACACAACUUCAUGCUCUAAAAAAUGCAGGUACCAAAGCAUUAAGUAAUAUGUCAGAACAGUUUAAUAAAUUAAAUAAGUUAAGUCACACCUUCAGCAAUAAGAAAUCGUCAUCAAGUAAUGCUGAAAAAAAAUCAUCUAAUAUUAAAGAACAAGAGAAUACAACGAAAGCAAUUUUUACGAUGGGAACUUUUGAUCCCGAUUCUACGUCAAAAUCAUUUGAUCAAAGUGAUAUUCAUGAUGAUGGUGAUACUAUCGCCGGUAUUCCAAUACACUUUGGUAUUCAAGAUAAUAUUGUUGAUGAAAAUUUUAAGAAUAAUCUCAAAUCAUCGGAAGAUAAUUGUGACAAUUCGGCCAUUGAUUGCUUGAAUUUCAUAGCAUCUGAAUCUCAAGUAGGAAACAUUCCGAAUCCUGAAAUUACUGUUAGUAUGGGUACGGAUGAAAAACCUGAAAAAGAAAAAAUACAACCACCAUCUACUUUAAAUCUCAUUAAAAAUAUUAGUCACUCAUCUAGUGAAGUAGAUGACAAAAGUAUGACAAAUAAUUAUAUGUCUGUUGAUACACCACGAGAUACAAAACGUUCUAAUUCUGAACAUGAUUUAACGAAAAAUAAUAUUAAAUCAUCACAAAGUGAAUCAGCAAUCAAAUCUAUAAAAACAAAUAUUACAAAUGUUGCUAGUCCAGUUGCAACUACUGCAAAAGAAAUACUUUCUCCAUUUUCUAAAUUUGCUAAAGGUGUUCAAACAUUCGGUGCUAAUCUUGAUCCACGAAAGCUUAAACCAAAUCAAAUUUCGUUGACGAAAACAUUGUCUGAUCAUCAUUUAGAACAAAGAGAAAAACUUAUUGAGCAAUGGCAAAAUUGUAGAUCAACUUUAAUUGCACUCUAAUUGUUACGAAUAUUUAAUUCGAUGAUCAAUAGUAAUGCUUUAUAUGUUGAUAAAUUUCAGACGUAAACAUAAACAUCAAUCACUGAUUUUAUUCCAUCGUUCAUAGAAAACGUGGCAUUGUGGUGUCUAGAGAAAUUUUUUUUUAACAUUAUAAUUAUUUUAUAUACCUGUAAUUUAUUAUCAGAAACACGUACUCUACUUAUGAACAUAAGAACAAGUUAUAUACAAUUAUUUGAGAGAUGGUACAAAAACACGAAUUUAAAUUAUAUAUAUUUUACAAUAGAAAAUGAUUGUAUUAAAUAAAAAUCUGAUAUUUUUUAAAACAUUUACAUAUACAUAUUAUACUUAUAUAUUUAGAAAUAUGUACUACUUUACAUAGUAGUGAAGAUAUUAGACAUCACAGUGCUAAUUAUUAAGCCUAUAAUAUUAGAUCUAGCAUCUUUAUUAGUCAAUUAUGUAAAUAUUAAAAAUGUUUGCAGGCUACAUAAUAUCGACAUUUCAUUAGAAAAAUAUACGAGAUAGAAUUAAAAUUAAUAUACAGUAAGACAAAAUAUUUAUUAAGAGAUUAAUUUAAAUCAACUUAUUUAUUAAACAAACCAUUUAUUGUUACUUAGUUCGUUGAAAUUCAAUUUAUUUAACAUUUAAAAGAGUAUUAAUUACGUCAAAAAAAUAAUAUUGGAUGAAUAGUAUUACUUCAUGAG